UCGUGAGGCUCCUAAGCAAGUGUUCGACUCUAUUGCGGAGAAGGGCAAAAAGGAUACUUUUAAUUGUGAUUUUCAUGAGCAAAAUGUUACAGAAUUAGUGCAGUUACCUCAUUUUCAGUAUAAUGUGUCAGUGUACGAGUGUUUUUGUGUGUUUUGGUUCUUGAUAGAGGGUUGAAUUUGCUGUGGAAAAGCGAUAGGAAAAUUUUUUGUGACAUUCUCUCUCAUAAAUUAUACUCUUCCUUGGAAAAAGCUCUUUCACACACACACACACAUCCAUAUACACAUACAGGCUUUUCACACCACACACCCGUAGUUUUAUUGCCCUCCGUCGUAGUGGAUCAAUUUGUGGAGCGCGCGAAGGAAAGUGUCGGACAGAUAUAUUUUCGGGAUAGUGUGUGUGUGUGCGCGUCUAAUCCUGAGGAAAAGGGGGGAAAAGCUCCAGAAAAAAUGGGUGCAUUGUGAGGUGGCGAGUGGCACAGGGCGGCGCGAGGUGAGCGAGAGGAGAGCUGCAAAAGGCAUAUUGAAGGCUCCUCUGUGUGCGGAGAGGAGCAAAAAACGGCGCCCGAGGAGUGAAAGCUGAAGGUUUGCUUUCGUGGUCGGGUCUCGGGCGACAAUCGGUGACUCCUCGUUGCGGACUGCAGUUCAAUUGAAUCAAUUCUCCCCUUAACCAAGCAGUAUUGCGAAAAGAAACUAGUCUCGGAUGUGACAGACAUAGAAACCAAUGCCUUGGCUUCUGAGGCUAUCACCAAAUUGGUUGCAUAGACAAUGACUGAAGAUUCCAACUCAUCUUCUGAGGAAGAACGCAGCUUGUUCCGUCCUUUUACCCGUGAAUCAUUGGCUGCAAUUGAAGCACGAAUUGCAGAGGAGACUGCAAAGCAAAAGGAGUUGGAAAAGAAGAGAGCCGAGGGCGAGCCUGUUUAUGGUCGCAAGAAAAAACAGAAGGAAAUUCGAUAUGACGACGAGGAUGAGGAUGAGGGUCCACAACCGGAUCCCACACUCGAACAGGGCGUUCCAAUACCUGUUCGAAUGCAGGGAAGCUUCCCUCCGGAAUUGGCCUCCACCCCUCUCGAGGAUAUUGACAGUUUCUACUCAAAUCAAUUGACAUUCGUAGUGGUUAGCAAAGGCAAGGAUAUAUUUCGAUUUUCAGCAUCAAAGGCAUUAUGGCUUCUCGAUCCCUUCAAUCCAAUUCGCCGUGUUGCAAUUUAUAUACUAGUGCAUCCACUUUUCUCCCUCUUCAUCAUCACAACAAUUUUAUUAAAUUGCGUCCUCAUGAUAAUGCCAACAACGCCAACUGUCGAAUCAACAGAGGUAAUAUUUACUGGAAUCUACACAUUUGAAUCGGCAGUUAAAGUGAUGGCACGAGGUUUCAUUUUAUGCCCGUUUACGUAUCUUAGAGAUGCAUGGAAUUGGCUGGACUUCGUAGUAAUAGCUUUAGCUUAUGUGACAAUGGGAAUAGAUUUGGGUAAUCUCGCUGCUCUAAGAACAUUUCGUGUGCUUCGAGCUCUGAAAACGGUAGCAAUUGUUCCAGGACUGAAAACCAUCGUUGGCGCCGUGAUUGAAUCUGUGAAGAAUCUCCGGGAUGUAAUUAUUUUGACAAUGUUUUCGUUAUCUGUGUUCGCGCUCAUGGGCUUACAAAUCUACAUGGGUGUUUUAUCGCAAAAGUGUGUUAGGAUAUUUCCAACCGAUGGAUCGUGGGGCAAUAUCACUGAUGAGAAUUGGGAUCGAUUCUACAAGAAUGAAACAAACUGGUACAGGACAGAGGAUGGAGAUAUGCCACUGUGUGGAAAUUCUUCGGGAGCUGGGCAAUGUGACGAGGGAUUUUUCUGCCUACAAGGAUACGGUGGAAAUCCCGACUAUGGAUACACGAGUUUUGAUACGUUCGGUUGGGCUUUUUUAUCUGCCUUUCGAUUAAUGACCCAAGAUUUUUGGGAGAAUUUAUAUCAACAAGUUCUACGCUCGGCUGGCCCAUGGCAUAUGCUUUUCUUCAUCGUAAUCAUCUUCUUGGGUUCAUUUUACCUAGUUAAUUUGAUCUUGGCCAUUGUAGCCAUGUCGUAUGAUGAACUCCAGAAGAAGGCAGAAGAAGAAGAAGCAGCGGAGGAAGAAGCAAUGAGAGAAGCGGAAGAGGCGGCAGCUGCGAAGCAGGCGAAGCUCGAAGAGAGGGCGAAUGCGGCUGCGGCCGCGGCAGAGGCUGCCGAGGCGGCUGAACACAUGGCCAAGAGUCCAUCCGACUUCUCGUGCCACAGCUAUGAGCUGUUCGUGGGCCAGGAGAAGGGCAACGAUGACAACAACAAGGAGAAGAUGUCCAUCAGGAGUGAAGGUUUAGAGUCCCUCAGCGAAAUAACGAGGCCUUCCGCUCCGUCAGGCGUCGCUGCCGGCACUGCAAGUGCCAAGGUGCGAAAAGUAAGCGCGGCAUCCCUUUCCCUUCCCGGAUCGCCCUUCAACUUGCGGCGGGGAUCGCGCGGAUCGCAUCAGAUGCUUCUCAAACAGUUCACCAUACGCAGUGGACGCGGGCGCUUUGUUAUACCUGGCAAUGAUCGCAAGCCACUCGUGCUGUCCACGUAUUUGGAUGCUCAGGAACAUCUGCCGUAUGCCGAUGACUCGAACGCCGUGACGCCCAUGUCGGAGGAGAACGGGGCCAUAAUUGUGCCAGUGUAUUAUACAAAUCUCGGGUCCAGACACUCCUCGUAUACGUCCCACCAGUCGCGUAUAUCCUACACGUCGCACGGCGACCUGCUGGGAGGCAUGACGAAGGAGAGCCGCUUAAGGGGAAGAUCACGGAACAUGAGCCACUGUAUGCCUCCACUGGGUGUCACUGGUGUACAUAUAGAUACAAAUCAUAAGAAUCACAGAGAAUUUGAAGUUCCAACAGACUUCACGGAUGAGGCGCUUAAGGGCAAAAGCCAUGACAAUCCAUUUAUAGAACCUUCGCAACCACAAACAGUAGUUGAUAUGAAAGAUGUGAUGGUACUAAACGACAUCAUCGAACAAGCUGCAGGAAGACACAGCAGAGUUAGUGACCACGGAGUUUCUGUGUACUAUUUCCCAACAGACGACGAUGAAGAUGGUCCUACAUUUAAAGAUAAGGCGCUCGAGUGUUUAAUGAAGGGUAUCGAUAUAUUCUGCGUGUGGGACUGCUGCUGGCCAUGGUUAAAGUUCCAAGAGUGGGUGGCAUUCCUUGUGUUUGAUCCGUUCGUCGAACUAUUCAUCACACUCUGUAUAGUUGUAAAUACAUUAUUUAUGGCACUUGAUCAUCACGAUAUGGAUAAAGAUAUGGAGAAGGCGUUAAAAAGCGGAAAUUAUUUUUUUACUGCAACAUUCGCAAUAGAAGCCACACUUAAGCUAAUUGCCAUGAGUCCGAAGUUUUACUUCCAAGAAGGAUGGAACAUUUUCGACUUUAUAAUCGUAGCAUUAUCACUUUUGGAACUUGGACUUGAAGGUGUUCAAGGCUUGUCUGUGUUACGAUCGUUUCGUUUGCUCCGAGUGUUUAAGCUAGCCAAAUCAUGGCCAACGUUAAAUUUGCUGAUAUCUAUAAUGGGCCGAACGAUGGGGGCCUUGGGUAAUCUAACAUUUGUAUUGUGCAUUAUAAUCUUCAUAUUUGCCGUAAUGGGGAUGCAGUUGUUUGGAAAGAAUUACGUGGAUAACAUGGAUCGCUUCCCAGACGGUGAAAUGCCUCGGUGGAAUUUCACGGAUUUCAUGCAUUCAUUCAUGAUAGUGUUCCGUGUGCUGUGCGGCGAGUGGAUUGAGUCAAUGUGGGAUUGCAUGCUGGUGGGAGAUGUGUCAUGCAUUCCUUUCUUCUUGGCAACAGUAGUAAUUGGGAAUUUAGUCGUUCUCAAUCUCUUCUUAGCCUUGCUUUUGAGCAAUUUCGGAUCAUCAAGUCUAUCAGCACCAACUGCAGACAAUGAUACGAACAAAAUAGCCGAGGCAUUCAAUCGCAUAUCGCGCUUUAUCAACUGGAUCAAGAGGAACAUAGCCAACGCACUUAAAUACGUGAGAAACAAAUUAACUAAUCAAAUCUCCGAUCAGGCAUCAGGUGAGCGGCCCUGCAAUUGGAUUUGGAAAGAAGGCAAGGGGGUAUGUCGUUGUAUGUCUGCAGAACAUGGUGAUAAAGAGUUUGAAUUGACGCUCGACGAUCUGCCAGACGGGAUGAUCAAGAAGGGCGUGAAGGAGCACAAUCAACUCGAGGUGGCCAUCGGCGAUGGAAUGGAGUUCACGAUUCAUGGUGAUCUCAAGAAUAGCAAAUCCAAAAAGUCAAAAGCCUUAGCAAAUAGCACAAAUAUCAUUGGUAAUUCGAUACUUCAUCAAGAUAAUAAAUUAGAGCACGAAUUGAACUAUAGAGGAUUGUCCCUUCAAGAUGACGAUACGGCGAGUAUCAAGUCAUACGGGAGUCACAAGAACAGACCAUUCAAGGAUGAGAGCCACAAAGGAAGUGCCGAAACGAUGGAGGGCGAGGAAAAGCGCGACGUUAGCAAAGAAGAUCUAGGCUUAGACGAAGAUGAGGAGGGCGAAGGUGAAGAAGGACCACUAGACGAUGAUAUAGUAAUACAAGACGAAGAUGCGAUUCUUGAUGAAUCCCCAGCGGAUUGCUGUCCAGAUCCGUGUUACAAGAAAUUCCCCUUCCUCGCUGGUGAUGACGAUUCACCCUUUUGGCAAGGAUGGGCAAACUUGAGACUGAAGACGUUUCAGCUCAUUGAGAAUAAAUAUUUCGAAACCGCUGUUAUAACAAUGAUUUUGCUAAGUAGUUUAGCUUUGGCUCUCGAAGAUGUGCAUUUGCCAUCAAGACCAAUUUUACAAGAUAUCCUGUAUUAUAUGGACAGAAUAUUCACCGUAAUAUUUUUUCUUGAGAUGUUAAUCAAAUGGUUAGCGCUUGGUUUUAAGGUUUAUUUCACAAACGCAUGGUGUUGGCUCGAUUUCAUUAUUGUCAUGGUGUCGCUUAUCAACUUUGUGGCUUCACUUUGUGGCGCAGGUGGUAUUCAAGCCUUCAAAACUAUGCGCACACUGAGAGCUCUGAGACCACUCCGUGCCAUGUCCCGAAUGCAGGGCAUGAGGGUUGUCGUCAAUGCAUUAGUACAAGCUAUUCCGUCCAUCUUCAACGUACUGUUAGUGUGUCUAAUAUUUUGGCUAAUUUUUGCAAUUAUGGGAGUCCAAUUAUUCGCUGGCAAAUAUUUUAAAUGUGUUGAUGUAAAUAAGACAACCCUUAGCCAUGAAAUAAUCCCCGAUGUGAAUGCUUGCAAAGCCGAGAAUUACACAUGGGAGAAUUCCAGGAUGAACUUCGAUCAUGUGGGAAAAGCGUAUCUGUGUCUAUUCCAAGUGGCCACCUUCAAGGGCUGGAUCCAGAUCAUGAAUGACGCCAUUGACUCUCGCGAGAUUGGCAAACAACCGAUUCGUGAGACCAACAUCUACAUGUAUUUGUACUUUGUGUUCUUCAUAAUCUUCGGAUCGUUUUUCACGCUCAACCUGUUCAUUGGUGUGAUCAUUGACAACUUCAAUGAGCAGAAGAAAAAGGCCGGCGGAUCACUUGAGAUGUUCAUGACGGAAGAUCAGAAGAAGUACUACAAUGCGAUGAAGAAGAUGGGCUCCAAGAAGCCACUGAAAGCCAUACCUCGACCAAGGUGGCGACCACAAGCGAUUGUGUUCGAGAUAGUGACGGACAAGAAGUUCGACAUGUUCAUCAUGCUGUUUAUCGGACUGAAUAUGCUCACCAUGACUAUGGAUCACUAUCAGCAAACGGAGACGUUCAGCAAGACGCUGGACUUCCUCAAUAUGAUCUUCAUAGUCAUAUUUACAAGCGAAUGCUUGUUGAAGAUUUUCGCAUUACGUUACCAUUAUUUCGUGGAGCCGUGGAAUUUAUUCGAUUUUGUAGUCGUCAUUCUAUCUAUAUUAGGACUUGUACUAAGUGAUAUUAUUGAGAAGUAUUUUGUCUCGCCGACCCUUCUGCGUGUGGUGCGAGUGGCGAAAGUGGGUCGCGUGCUGCGCCUGGUGAAGGGCGCCAAAGGGAUUAGGACGCUGCUUUUUGCAUUGGCCAUGUCUCUACCAGCCUUAUUCAACAUUUGCUUGCUACUUUUCCUCGUAAUGUUCAUCUUCGCCAUCUUCGGGAUGUCCUUCUUCAUGCACUGCAAGGACAAGAGUGGCUUGGACGAUGUAUAUAACUUUAAAACUUUUGGGCAAAGCAUGAUUCUGCUAUUUCAAAUGUCGACAUCAGCCGGCUGGGACAGUGUCCUCGAUGGAAUCAUUAACGAAGAGGACUGCGACGCUCCAGAUAAUGAUCGCGGGUAUCCGGGCAAUUGCGGCUCAUCAACAAUUGGAAUCACGUAUUUGUUAUCGUACCUAGUUAUUAGUUUUUUAAUCGUCAUUAACAUGUACAUUGCUGUUAUUCUGGAGAACUACUCUCAAGCAACCGAAGAUGUCCAGGAAGGCCUCACUGACGACGACUAUGACAUGUACUAUGAGAUAUGGCAGCAGUUUGACCCAGAGGGCACUCAGUACAUCCGCUAUGAUCAGCUGUCCGACUUCCUGGACGUGCUAGAGCCGCCCCUGCAGAUCCACAAGCCCAACAAAUACAAGAUCAUCUCGAUGGACAUCCCGAUCUGCAGGAAUGAUAUGAUGUUCUGCGUGGACAUCCUCGACGCUCUCACGAAGGACUUCUUUGCGCGCAAAGGGAAUCCCAUUGAGGAGAGCGGCGAGCUGGGCGAGGUGGCGGCGCGCCCCGAUGAGGUGGGCUACGAGCCGGUGUCGUCGACGCUGUGGCGCCAGCGCGAGGAGUACUGCGCGCGCUUGAUCCAAAACGCGUGGCGCAAGCACAAGCUGCACAAGGACGACGGACACGACGGCACCGGCGACGAUGAUGAGGACACGGACAAGGACACGGGCUCGGCGAACGGCGACGGGGCCGCGAGCCCCGGUGGCGCAAGCGGCGGCGCGGACAGCGAUGGAAACGGCGACCACAUGGGCCGCCAAACGGCUGUGCUAGUGGAAAGUGAUGGAUAUGUGACAAAAAACGGACAUAAAGUGGUUAUUCAUUCCAGAUCACCUAGUAUAACAUCGAGAUCGGCGGAUGUAUGAGUGAAGUUUCGCCCCCUCUCUUCGGUUGACGCGCAGUAGCAUUGAGAUUUCUUAAGACACACACGCAAAAAAACUAUUGCGAUGAGCGAAUGAUAACGUUUAGCCUGAAAUUGCUAUUAAGCAGACAUUUUUAAUAUUAAAAUAAUGAAAAAAAAAGAAUAAGAGCAACAAGAAGCAUGCAAAGAACACUGGAGCAAGAAUUAACAAACAUAUGAUUGAAAGAAUUAUCAAAAAAUGCAAAGCAUUAUUAAAAAAAAAACACAAAAAAUUUGCAAAAAGAAAGUUGCAGAAUAUGGAAACAUUAUGUAAACUGCCAUUAACAAAAAAAAUUACGGAAAAUCAGCAAAUUACUAUAAAAUAAUAACCUUAUUAUUACAAGAAAACAAAGAGAGAGAAACUGUAAUUAUCGAAUAACAUUUGCAUUUUAUCAAAUCAUCUUAAAGUAGUACUUCAAAUAAAAUUUUGGGGCAUAAAUAUUAUUUAUUAUUAUUGUGUAAUUAUGUAUAUGAGAUGAAUAAUAAGAUUUCUUAGAUAGCAUUGUCAUUG